GUUAAGAGGCUGUUUUGUCAAACGGAGGGUCUAAAAUAUUUGUGUAACCCUUUCAAUGAAAAUUAAGAUAUUUGGGAGCCAGGUUAACACUUAUUUUUCCCUCGGGCGACAAUAGUUAAUAAAUCCCCAAGUCUCCAUUUAGAUCGUUUGGUUCACAGGAUGACAGAAGUCAGGAAACAUUUUGGGUCAUAUCGCAGGGUCUCCUCACUGCCUAAGUUUGUGGCAGCAACGAUAUUUAGAAGACUAGACUUAAUGUUUAAUCCUCCAGUACUGAGGCAGGAAGGUAGAGAAGUUUUGGUGAGGAGCGUUAUCCGAAAGAUAUUUUUGUAGUGGCCUAUUAGGAAGGUUCCUGGGAGCCUAAAGUAGGGACCUGCUCCAGAUUUGUGAGUUCCAUUUUAAUUUCCCUUGAAAACUUUGAUGUGGGCGGAGGCAAGAGCCUAGUUGUGCCGAGGGGCACCGCAAACCUGUCCAUCAAGGGGAUCGUCCGGGGUCUGUGCGCCCCUUUCCCCGCCCACCCAUCAUCUGGCUGCGCAUGCGCCGAGCCGGCGGGCCGGAGAGUUGUCGGCUGGGAAAUGGCGGCCACGGGCUUGGUCUCUGUGGCCACGGCUGCAGAGUACUCUGGCCCAGGAGCGUCGGGAGGGAACCUCUCCUCUAACUGUGGCCCAAACUCCGGGGCAGGUCCUGGUCCUGGCCCGGGCUCGUGGAGCCGCUCCCUCGACCGAGCGCUGGAGGAGGCGGCGGUAACCGGGGUGCUGAGCCUGAGCGGCCGGAAACUGAGGGAGUUUCCCCGGGGAGCGGCCAACCACGACCUGACGGACACCACCCGGGCGGAUCUAUCACGAAAUCGCCUCUCAGAAAUUCCCAUAGAAGCAUGUCACUUCGUGUCUCUUGAGAAUCUCAAUUUAUACCAGAAUUGUAUUCGGUAUAUACCAGAGGCAAUUCUAAACCUGCAAGCUCUAACAUUCUUAAAUAUUAGUCGGAACCAACUGUCAACAUUGCCAGUACACUUAUGUAAUUUACCAUUGAAAGUCUUAAUAGCUAGUAAUAACAAAUUGGUCUCACUUCCAGAAGAAAUUGGACAUCUCAAACAUUUAACAGAACUUGAUGUGAGCUGCAAUGAAAUUCAAACAAUACCUUCCCAAAUUGGUAAUUUGGAGGCCUUGAGAGACCUCAAUGUAAGAAGAAAUCACUUAGUACGCUUGCCUGAAGAGCUAGCAGAGUUGCCUUUGAUACGGUUAGACUUUUCCUGCAAUAAAAUUACAACAAUUCCUGUUUGUUACCGGAAUCUCAGGCACCUACAGAUGAUCAUCCUAGAUAAUAAUCCACUACAGUCUCCUCCUGCACAGAUAUGUAUAAAAGGCAAAAUCCACAUAUUUAAAUACCUGAACAUCCAGGCUUGUAAGAUUGCUCCAGAUCUGCCAGAUUAUGAUAGGAGACCCAUAGGAUUUGGCUCCUGCCACGAAGAACUGUACUCAAGUCGCCCCUAUGGAGCCCUUGAUUCAGGUUUCAAUAGUGUGGACAGUGGUGAUAAGAGAUGGUCAGGGAAUGAACCUACAGAUGAAUUUUCAGAUCUGCCUCUUCGAGUAGCAGAAAUUACUAAAGAACAAAGACUGCGAAGAGAAAGCCAGUACCAGGAGAAUCGCAGCAGUUUAGUAGUAACAAAUGGGGGAGUGGAACAUGAUCUGGAUCAGAUUGACUACAUUGACAGCUGUACUGCAGAGGAAGAAGAGGAUGAGGUGAGACCACCCAAGGGCCUGGACUCAGACAGCCUUAGUUCACAGUUUAUGGCCUAUAUUGAACAACGGCGGAUCUCUCAUGAGACAUCACCAAUCAAGCCAGUACCCAUGAGGGAGUUUCAAAAAACAGAAGACAUGAGAAGAUACUUACAUCAAAACAGGGUUCCAGUUGAGCCAUCUCUCUUGUCACUAUCACCAAGUCACAAUCAGUUAUCACAUACAGACUUGGAACUUCAGCGGAGAAGAGAACAGUUAGUAGAACGAACUCGGAGAGAGGCACAGCUUGCUGCCCUACAGUAUGAGGAGGAGAAAAUAAGGACCAAGCAGAUUCAGAGAGAUGCUGUCAUGGACUUUGUCAAGCAAAAAGCAUCACAAAGUCCACAAAAACAACACUCUCCCUUAGAUGGUGAGUGUCCCUUCCCAUCCAGAAGGUCUCAGCACACUGAUGAUAGUGCCUUGUUAGUGUCACUCUCAGGGGUGAAUCAAGUGAGCUGUGCUGCUACCCUGCCUCAUUCUUCUGCCUUCAGACCUCUUAAGAAUGAUGACAGAUCUAAUGCCAUAUCAAGUUCACCUACAACAGAAACAGUUCAUCAUUCCCCUGCAUAUUCUUUUCCUGCUGCUAUCCAGAGAAACCAGCCCCAGCGCCCUGAAAGCUUCCUUUUCCGAGCAGCUGUCAGGGCAGAAACAAAUAAAGGCCACGCUUCACCCCUUCUUUCAUCUUCUGCACCUUCCACUGAUUUGACAGAUCCCAUAACAAGACAGAAUUCAAGACAGAGAGAAGAAGAGCUGGAAUUAAUAGAUCAACUACGGAAACAUAUUGAAUACCGGUUGAAAGUAUCUCUGCCUUGUGAUCUUGGAGCAGCUCUCACUGAUGGUGUUGUUCUUUGCCAUUUGGCCAAUCAUGUUCGUCCUCGAUCUGUCCCAAGCAUUCACGUUCCCUCACCAGCUGUACCUAAAUUAACAAUGGCAAAAUGCAGACGAAAUGUGGAGAAUUUCCUAGAAGCUUGCAGAAAAAUUGGUGUACCUCAGGACAGUCUUUGUUCCCCUUCUGACAUCCUUCAGCUAAACCUCAGCGUUAAAAGAACUGUUGAAACACUACUUUCUCUUGGGGCACAUUCAGAAGAAUCCAGUUUUGUCUCUUUAUCUAUCCAGCUUUUGGGUUUUGUGGCAUUUUAUUGUACUUUAAUGUUAACUCUCUGUAUGCUUUAUUACUGGAUCUUCCCCCUCUAGCUGAAAGACUGCAUUCCAGUGAUUUUCCACCUCAUUCCUGUGUUUGGUGAAGGAGGUUUGUUUCUCAUGCAAAAAUAUUUACAUAUUUGCUUUUUUUUUUCCUGGCCAUCAAAGAGCUAACCAGUAAAGUAGAUCAAUCCUUUUCUCAUGUGUCCAGAUGAGAAGCUUAUCACAUUAGUAAGCAUUUAUGAUUGCUAACAAAGAGUAAAAGACCAGCAUAUUUUCUCCUGCUCAUUCAUCCAUUCUCCUGGCCUGUGGCCUUGUUUCUCUUAUCAUAAAUGCCGAGCGUUUCUACCAAUACAGUCAUGAGCCUAUUGUUAGAAUUUGAUUUGGAACUUUAUCUCCAAACGGCAUAAUAAAAUUUCCAUCUGUCCAUUUUUCCAUACCUAAAUACAACUUAAGUGUUGAAAUUGUGAGAAGUAUUACAAUUCUGAGUUGCUGAACUUUUCACAGCUGUUCAUAAGGGAAACAGUUGUACCUUUUCUGGUUUGGGCACCUGGUCACUUAGAUCUCUGCACCAAGCUGUGCCCUGAAGUCCUGAAAUCUCCCUUUAUUGAUGGGCACAAGUCCACCUCAGCAUUUGCUGUCUGGACAUCUGGACGGUACUGGCCAUCUCAUCAUCAUAAUUUUAAUUUGAUCAGAAUCUUCAGUCCAGACAUCACAUAUGUUCCCUAGAUUGCUGUUCUGAGUCCAUUGUGUAUAUUGAAAACAGUACACAAGCAAGUUAUCUAGAGUUGACCUUUCAGGUGGGCCCCUGUCUGCACACUUAAUUAUGUUUGUCAUCUUUAACUGAACUUUACUUCUGAUUCCUAUUAAGAAUUUAAAAUUGGAAUUUAUGUAAUUUCCGAUAUAUUUGAACCAUCUUAAUAGGUGAACUUGUAUUUAAUAGGCUGUUGAGAAUCUUUUCUGAACGGUAACAGGUAAAGCAUUAGGCAGCAAUCUCUAUUCUGUACCCAAGGCAACGAUAGUCUCUUUCAGAAUGCUUAGUGUAAUAACGGCUAGCCUUGAUGCUUGAAACUACUUUAUAACUGCAUUCAGAUUCUAGUUCUUAUAAAUAGUAUUUCUGAACAUUCAGACAUCUUCUGAACUCUGCUAACUAAAUUGGAUGACUGAAUUCAAGUACGAAGAGAGAUUUUAAGGAACAUAACAUCGUGCUGUAGAAGUCAGCCUGAGGAUCUGAUUGCUUUGGUUUUCCUUCAUAUUAAAUGGGAUAAUUACUUAACACAUUAAAAACUGUUUACUGUUAAUGCUGAAACAUUGAACACUGUGUUGAAAACUUCAGUUUUAUGCAGUCAUAGUGCCUUCUGGAGUUUGGUGGGUUUUGGCUUGUUUUGUUUUUAGGAUGUCUCUGAGUCAGAGAUCAUUCAGUUUUGUGGAGUUUUGUCUCUUUAAAAAAACAAGCUGAUGAAAAAACACAUGGUGUCAUGUGUGGCUUUGGAGGAGUAAUGGUGCAUUCUCUUCAGAACAGAGUUCCCUCUAAGCCAGCUGGAAGGUAGAAGUGCAUUCGGAAAGCUAAGCUUCGGAGGGAAUGUCUAAGUUACGGAUGCACAGGUCACAGGGCACCCCUGAGAAUGGAGAUCAAGGAGUCGGCCUUGGAGGAAAUAAAUGUCUUCCCCCAGAGCAAAACGCCCUGAAGGUUCAUCUUAAGUAUAGUUAAUCUUUACUUACAGUUGUACUCAAAAGAUUUAUACAAAAGUUGCUAGUUUUAUAAGAUCAAGAGAUUGUAUUUUAUCAAGGUAAGUAUUAAAUAAAAAGAAAAUAAGAAGCACAAGUACCAAUAACUGCCCAUAAUAAACAUUUGUUACAUUUUUUAUUGCAACUGAUUUUGUAAAUCUUCCUAAUAAUAUAUUAAGUGCCCAUGAAUCUUCUUUAAUAAAUAUGUAUAGCCUUUUUUAGUGGAAUCAGAAUUCCACUUUCAUUCCUUUGAGAGCAGUCUUUUUUCUUUCAUCUAAUCAAUGAUAGGUGUUAUUCUUAUGAUAGGCCUUUUUCUCUUAUAAGAAAGGAUUAACCAAACAUAUUAAUAAGAUAAGAUAGAAGUAAUUUAACUUUCUUAAGCAAACAUGAACACUUUGCAAAUAAAUGUUAAUUAAGCUGUUCCUGACGAAGCUCAUAGUUCCCUGGCAUAAUUAAUCCAUUGAAUGCCAAAAUAUGAAAUACUUUUUCAGAUACAAUUUUUUUUAAUUCUGUAAUUCAGAUUUUAACUAAUUCAAACUGAUCCUUCCAUGAAUUACCCAAAGUAGGGGAAAGUUUCUCAAAUACAUCUGAAUCUCAAGGAUACACUUCACUUUCUUCCUGUGAUCCUGCCUGAUGUGAGAACCCUGAUUUUCACAGGACUGUUGCAACAGUAGGCAUCCCUCUCUUAGGCAGUUUGAGUUACGGCAUGAAACUGUCUUGCAUUCCUAUGGAUUGUAAUUUCCAAAGCCUUUCUCCUACAGUGUUGUAUCUUCAGGCUUGCGCUAUCUGGUAACUUGGAACUAUUUUUCUAUUUUCUCCUGCCUCAUUUUACUGAUCUGCAUUGCUCUUUUAUUUAUCAGGGAUAAGGGAUGUUGCUUUCACUCCAUAGUAUUCUGUUUAUCCUCUGUUUUCAUGUGUAAGUGUAUGUAACUUGUCCAUUUUCGUUUUCAAAAUGAUCUGUAUGUACUUUUAGUUAUAUUAAUAAAGUGACAGUGUCAGAUACCAUCUCUGUGUAACUCAUAUUAACAGAGAUCAGUUUCCCAGGUACUCACUUUUCAUAUCUUAGCUUAUUAUGAGGGAAAGAAGAGAUGCUUAUUUUUCUUUUCAGUUCUGUGAUGUUCAUCCUCUUUUCUCUUUUGUUUGUUUUUAUGUUACGUUGUCCCAUUUCAGGAGCAAUUAUGUUUGCCUCUCCACAUUUUAGAAGAGAAAGGUUUGAGCCAGGUUGCCGUGACGGUCCAGGCUCUCCUGGAACUUGCCCCACCCAAGCAGCAGCAGCACCAGUUAUCUGCUGUGUAAGGACUCCCUGCACCUUGGGCGUUGGCCUGGCCAAAACGGAACAGGACAACACGACUGCUGCUGCCAGCCAUCUGCUUAACAAAGUGCUUAUGUGUUCUUAAAAGGGACUGUUUCCAUGAUUCCUAACAGGAAUAUUUUUCUUCAUUUCUCCAUUUUAGGGGAGGUUGUAUCCAUUUGCAUUGAAUUGUUUAUGAAGACACAGUUUGUUUUCACAAAUGAAACUUAUUUCUGUCAUUACUGAGAACCCAACACUGAAACCUAAACUGGCUGUGCUUUCCUAGAGAGUAGGCCUUUCCACAUACAAAAGAUCUUCUCAGAAGAAUAUUUGGCUCUCUUGAAGGCACAGACAUUGCUGUUAUCUUUCUUUACCUGUUUCCAAGACCUCUGGAGUCCACUCGUUUCUAAACGUGGUUAUUCAUUAGAACCUCCUGGAGCAUCUGUUAAAAUACAGAUUGUGACUCAGGUCUAGAGUGAGGCCUGGUUAUCUGCAUUUCAGCAAACAUUCCAGGUGUUUCAUGUAGUUCCAUGCUAGACAUGUGUAUGAUUUAGGGGAGUAAUGACUCCACUAUGUUUUUCAGCCACAUUUAAAAUCAAAAGCUAUAUUUUGACUACUUGGACUGUUUUGUCCAAGGCAAAACAAAAGUAAUGUAGAAGCUCUAGAUUUUGCAUAGUGAAACAACGAAACAGAUGCUGUUGUAUUUAAGGCCAGUGUCCGAGGCCUCCUCCCAGUUCCGGUCCACCACCACUUGAGAGUAUGGUUCUGUGUAUCAUCCUACUAUUAUCUAAACAUUAGAAACAAGCACUCUACACACAGGUUCCAGGUCUUCAGGCUGGUGGCAUGUUUUGGUCCACAUCCUGUGCAUAGACUUCAUUGAGUGCCCCCUCCACACACACACACCCCCAGCCCCAUGCUGCUCCCGGGAUACCUGGACCCUGAACACCUUCCAGUCACAGCAGAUAAACUUCCAGCUCCCCAGCUUAUGGAAGAUGAUGAAAAGAAAGGAGAGGCCACGUUUCUUAUAUUUCUUUCAGGUAACUGCCAAUUUCUGUGGCUAAAUUAAAGCACCUGUGACAUCUUAAAAACAGCUCACUGUCUUUUCACCUAACCGUCUGGCUCCCCCACUAGUUACUCCCUGCUUAGUUACUCAGUUGCGGGUAGAGUAAAAGGGCCCAAGGGCUCAGGCAACACAAAGCCAGAAGCCUUCAUUCAAGUCUAAGCCACUUGGGUCUGUCUUCCCCUCAUAUUUUGAGCCUUUUUCAGUUGUCAGUGUUAUCUUUUCAUAUUCACUGCCUUUGUAAACCAAAUAGAGUAAGUGAAUGUACUAGUUAUCUAGGUUUUUUCCCUGUUGUUAACUGUUCUGGAUUUUCUUUACCAGUGCAUGCAUUUGAGCAUAAUGUUUUCUCUUCGAUAUCACGUUUAAAAUUAUGUAACACAAAACAUCUGUGCUCAAAGCCCAAUCCUUCAGGGUCCUCAUAGAGCAAAAGUAAAACAUGUUUUAAGUGCCUGGAGCCAGAUCUCAUCAUAUUUACAGUUCCAAACAGACCCACUAAUCAUAUGACUUGUUUAGAAUUUAGCUGUUUAUAUUUUUAAACUAUAGGUAUUUUUACUUCAAUUCAGCAUUAAACCUCAGUACAAUCUCUAGAUUAUACAGAGAGCAAUUUGAAAUGAAACCUAGCAAAAGACAGAACUGUUUGUCACAUGUCAUGCAAGGAAUAAUCCCAGUCAACAUAUAUAAUGCAACAUUCGGAACUAAUUUUCCCGUAGGAAUAAGUGGAAAUUUCAGCUUAUUUCAAAUUUUAUACAUAGCAUGAAACCUUAUUCAUAUAUUUUUAUCAAACUAAUUCAAAUUUAUAUUUGAAUUGUUAGAAAAUAUUUGUGUACAGUUUUGGUUGAUAAUGAAAGAAAAAUAAUCAAGUAUAAUGAAUGUCUUUUCUAUUUCAAGAUGCAAAAACAAGUUGUGAUGGUUUUGUUGGAAAAUGUUUGUAUUCAGUGUUUUGUGUGUACCUUUUUUUUCAAACUGGAAAGAAAAUUUAACAUUUAGCCUUGCUAGACUGCAGCAUAAGACGAAAAUGACUUUGUGACAGUUCCACCUGACCAUUUAUGAGCUUCCCACGGAAGCAGCGAGCUUCCCAGAGCUGAAGUAUGAACGAAGAAAAGGCUAAGUACCCGCCCACUAGGGGAGAUUUUAAGUCAGCAGGUUUUUGGGCUUCCUAACUCAUCUUGUUUAGCACUCCAGACCAGCUUUCUCUGGCAACAGCUCAGGGGAGGAGGGGCCUUUGUAUUCAGCUCGAGUAGAGUAGGACAGUUAGUUGUAGUAGGCGACUUUCCUAAUAGCUUUUGAAAAUGCAGCCUUCCAGCUAAUCAAGGAGUCUGAUUGCUCUUACUUGGUAACAGCUCAGCAGUGACUAAUGAUGUGUGACUACGCUGAUAAGUAUGAUGAAUUUUUUAAAACUAAGUGCUUAAAUGGUUAUAGAAAUGAAGGAAAACAUGGAUAUUUAGAACCUUUAUAUACAUAUUGCAGUAAGAUGGUUUACAGCAGAUUUCCUUUUAUUUCUGAAAAUGUUGUAAACAUGUAAUUAGUUAAGAUUUUGUAAAGCAUUGUCCUAUAUGUGUAUGUCUGUACAUAUAAUGCAUAAAUUCUAAGAAUAAAUAUGUCCAUAUCAUGUAUGCUAUUUUAAAUUGCCUGUAUGCAACCUUACACAUUGACAUUAAAAUAAAAGCCAGCACUUCAGUAGCAUGAAAUAAAGGCUGAUUUGAAAAUGUUCAUACCUAAA